AUGACUCACAGAGACUCAGAGAAACUGUUGAGACCAUCUGGCAGUGAGCGAGAGAUGGGAGCAUCCUUAAAUAGCGUAAAAGAGUUUAAGAAGAAAGCAUCUGACCUGGAAGUGCAUGAUCCAAGCUGGCAGAUGACCUGGAAGUGCUUGCCACAACAGGACAGGACGGCAAAUGGAAAAUUUUCCCUUGUUUCUCGAGAGGUCAUAGCAACUCCUGGUGUUGAUCUGACUGUGCCACUAAACUUUGAUAUCAUCAUAUGGAGUCCUAAAGCUGUGGUGUCCAUAACGCCUGAUACACAUGUGUUCAUUGGAGAGAGUGUUACUCUCAGAUGUAACAUACGGGGAGGAGGAGACACUCAGUGGACUUACAGCUGGAAGAAAAAUAAUAAUAAACUCUAUAAAGCUGGACGUAAGAGAUUCUACACAGACAGCACAAGGCAGGUGUUCAUAAUCCGGUCUGUUGAAGACUCUGACAGUGGUACCUACACGUGCAGAGGACAUGGGAGAGACUCUCAGAGCUCAGAGAUCAGUGACGCUGUUACACUGACUGUAUCAGCAAAACCCAAAGCAACUGUGAAAGUGAAUCCUCAGAGCUCCGUCUACACUGGAGACACCGUCACUCUGAGCUGUGAGCUGCAGCAGGGGACUGGAUGGAAGUUUCAGUGGUACAAAAAUAAUAAUCUGUUACAGAAUCUGAACAGUGAACAAGAGAACACACUUAAAGUGACAAUCGACAAUGCAGGAGAAACAGAAUACAAGUGUAAGGCACGCAGAGGAAACUACACACAGCGUGGCUACUAUUACACAGAGCUCAGUGAUCUUGUCAAGAUUACAGCGAGAGCAAGACCUAACCCAGUGGCAUCCAUAGAUCCUGAUAAUCAGGUGUUCAGUGGAGAGACCGUCACUCUGAGAUGUGACAUACAGGAUGAAAGUGUCUCUAGCUGGCAGUACAGCUGGUAUAAAGAUGCUUCACACAGUCCUGUCAGUAGUGGACAGGUGUACAGAAUCAGUGGUGUUGAAGUGACCCACACAGGUAAAUACACCUGUAGAGGAGCAGAGAGAGGAGGUUCACGCUCCUCACACUCCAGUGAUGCUGUUACACUGACUGUAUCAGCAAGACCUAAACCAGUGGUAACCAUAAAUCCUGAUAAUCAGGUGUUGAGUGGAGAGACCGUCACUCUGAGAUGUGACAUACAGGAUGAAAGUGUCUCUAGCUGGCAGUACAGCUGGUAUAAAGAUGCUUCACACAGUCCCGUCAGUAGUGGACAGGUGUACAGAAUCAGUGGUGUUGAAGUGACCCACACAGGUAAAUACACCUGUAGAGGAGCAGAGAGAGGAGGUUCACGCUCCUCACACUCCAGUGAUGCUGUUACACUGACUGUAUCAGAGAGACCACGGGCAGUACUGAGUGUAUCUCCACAGAGCUGGCUGACUGAAGGAGACUCAGUGACCCUAAGCUGUGAGGUUACAGACUCCUCUACAGACUGGACAUUCAGCUGGUACACAGUUGUUCCCUACAGAGACGGCUUAACUGGAAUAAAUAAUAAUGGUGGCUAUAGCGUGUAUGUGGAGCUCCUCUCAGACAGCAGCAGAGGAUCUGGAGGCAAAUACACUCUCAGUCCUGCUGCUCUUAAACACACAGGAGUUUAUAUGUGCAGAGGAGAGAGAGGAGAACCAGCCUUUCACUCACAGUACAGCAAUCCACAGCCACUAUGGAUCAAUGGUGAAUCUCCUCCAGUCUCUCUGAUCAUCAAUCCCAGCAGAACUCAACACUUUACUAAAGACUCUCUCUCACUGAGCUGUGAGGACCAGAGUAACUCUACUGGAUGGACAGUGAGACGAUACACACACAGUGAGAGAGUGUUAGAUUGUUCACACUGGGGAUCAGUUACAGGAUCUACAUGUAACAUCAGCUUCCUCUCCACAUCCUACACUGGAGUUUACUGGUGUGAGUCUGAAUCUGGAGAAAACAGUAAUCCUGUCAACAUCACAGUGCAUGAUGGUGAUGUGAUCCUGGAGAGUCCUGUCCAUCCUGUGACUGAGGGACAUCCUCUGACUCUACGCUGUUUAUAUCACAACCCAAACCCCUCAAACCUCCGAGCUGAUUUCUAUAAAGAUGGAUCAGUUCUCCAGACACAGACUACAGGAGAGAUGAUCAUCCAAACUGUCUCAAAGUCAGAUGAAGGUUUCUACCACUGUAAACACCCAGAGAGAGGAGAGUCACCCAAAAGCUGGAUCUCAGUCAGAUGUCCAUCAGGUGUAGAAGCUCCAUUCUCAGUGCUCAUGCUGAUCUGUAGUGUGGUGACGGUCUCUCCGUAUCUGCUGGUGACCAUCAUUCUGCUGCUCAUAUGUUACAGAGCUCGAGGAGCUACUGGGACAGUUCCUUGCCAGACCACCAGAGGAGUGAGCCAAAGUUCAUCUAUAAAAAGAGGAUGCAUUUACUGAAAAAAUAGUGUCAGAGUUUCUUUGUUGUUUAUGGUUUUGUGUUGAUUUUAAAUAAUUCUGAUUUCUCAUUUUAAUAUCCUGCUGUUAUUUUCUCAGUAUCUUAUAGACACCCUCACUGUUCUGAAUGGAUUUGUUUAGCUAAAGCCUGUAAACCUCCUCAUGAGGUGAAAGUGAUCAUGUGUGUAGUGUUCAAUAAGCCCUACAUCCAGCUUUGUAUGGAAUAUA